UGGGUAUUGUAGUUCUUUUGCCUUUUAGGGUUUCUGGUUGGGCAACCUUGGAGUCACAGUGGGAGGACUUAUAGUCCCAGGUGGCUCAAUAAGCAGUUCAGCCACUACACACAGAGGGAGACACAUUUGAAGAGAGUCCUGGGUUUUGGUAGAGUGACUUCUAUUCACAAAAAUGAUGUUCCUGAACUGAAGAAGCUGGGGUUCAUUUCCACAACUGUGGAAAAAUGAUAACCAAUAAAAGAUCCCAGUUUUGCUUAGAAGGAAUCUCACGAAGUAAGUCUGAAGGAAAUUUGUUUGACAUGGAAGCUCAAAAAUCCUCAAGAAAUUUCCAUGUUACAGAAUCUACAGACCCAGGAUUUCUUCUCCAUUGGCCGGAUCCUUUCACAUGUCAGGGCAAUAAGGCUUCCGAGGUUACAAAUCCCUUCUGGAAUGAACUGUCUGCUUCUAACCCGUUUUUGGAUGACAUAACUCAGCUAAGAAAUAACCAGAAGAGAGAGAAUAUUUCCAUCCUGAAGGAAGAUCCUUUUCUUUUUUUUAGAGAAACAGAAACUGGAAAUUCUUUUGAUUCCUCUGGUGAUGAACUAGAUGUGCAUCAGUUACUCAGGCAGUCUUCCUCACGGACAUCUGCAAGAUCUAAAAGUGUUUCAGAACUUUUGGACAUUUUAGAUGACACAGCACAUGCCCAUCAGAAUAUACAUAACUCCGGCCAGAUACUAGAACAAGACUUAGAAUGGCUUCAGAAUGAUAGAGAGGCUUAUAAAAUGGCUUGGUUAAGUCGACGCCAGCUGGCCCGUUCCUGCCUGGAUUUGAAUAUAAUUAAUCAGAGUCCGGGAUGGGCCCAAACACAAGUAGCAGAGACGGUGAUAGUUUGCAAAGUAAGCCACCAAGGAGGGUCAGUACAAUUACCUGAAUCAGGUAUCACUGUUCAUGUGCCCCAAGGCCAUGUAGCCGUGGGAGAAUUCCAAGAGGUGUCUCUAAGGGCAUUUCUUGAACCUCCACAAAUGCUUAACCAUGAUCUUUCCUGCACUGUAAGCCCACUGUUGGAAAUCACAUUAGGCAACCUAAAUACAAUGGAAGCCGUUUUGCUGGAGAUGAAAAUAGGGGCUAAAGUGAGAAAGGAUCCUUUCAGCCAAGUCAUGACAGAAAUGGUGUGUUUACACAGCCCUGGUAAAGAAGGCCCUUUCAAAGUGUUAAACAACUGCUAUAUUUAUAAAGACAUCAUCCAAGUCAAGCUAAUAGACUUGAGCCAGGUGACAUACCUCGUGGUUGCUGCACAAAUUAAAGCAAUUCAGUCACCAGCUGCCACCAUUUGGGAUUGUAUCCACAAAACCACCUCCAUUGGAAUUUAUGGUCCCAGAUAUAUUCAUCCCAGCUUCACUGUUAUUUUCACAGUUUGUGGACAUUGUUACAUGCCAGGAAAGCUUACAAUCUCUGAUAUGAAGAAGGGUGCAAAAAACACAUCUCCAGUUGUGUUUCAGCUCUGGGGGAAGCAUUCGUUCUUACUUGACAAGCCACAAGAUUUAAGUAUUUCUGUUUUUUCAUGUGAUCCUGAUUUUGAAGUAAAGGCAGAAAGAGAAAGGAAAGAAAUUAAACAAAAGCAGUUGGAAGCAGGCGAAGUAGUUCAUCAGCAGUUUUUAUUUUCCUUAGCUGACUCCAGAGAAAUGCACAUAUUUGUUUUCCGUGUUCAGGUGGAGCCUCCCAAUGGUAGAGCAGUUACACAGUUCUUUGUCACUACACCUGAUCCAGCUCCCAACCUUAAAAGGCUCUCAAAUCGGUUAGGCGAUUUGCAGGAAGAGAAGAAAAUCAAGUCUGCUCCAUUAUUGCCAGCAGUGUGUGUGAAAUACCCCACAUUUCAAGAUAAAAAAAUGAACUUUACCAACUAUGGGAUAACUGUGAAGACAGUGCUAAGACAAAAAAAGAUUGACUACUUACUUGAGUAUUUCAAAGGGGACACAGUAGCUCUUAUUGGAGAGGGUAAGGUAAAAGCCAUUGGGCAGUCCAAAGUGAAAGAAUGGUAUGUGGGAGUCUUGAGAGGUAAGGUUGGGCUUGUACACUGCAAAAAUGUCAAGGUGAUUGAAAAAGAACAAGUAAUAUCUAUGUCCAAUAAUGUUUUCACAACCAGAAAUCUUCUCGAACAAAUUACCCUACCCUUUAAAAAACUGACUUACAUCUACUCUGUUGUAUUGACUUCGGUGUCAGAAAAAGUUUAUGAUUGGAAAGUUUUAGCUGAAGUCUUGGGUUACUCACAUCUGGCACUAGAAGGCUUUGACCAAACACAAGCUGACAAAGAAUCAGAAAAAGUUUCCUAUAUUGUAAAGAAGUUAAAGGAAGAUUGCCAUGCAGAUAAAAAUACCAGGAAGUUUCUUUAUGAACUUAUUGUGGCUCUGUUGAAGAUGGAUUGCCAAGGGUUAGUAGCACAUCUCAUCCAAGAGGCUGCUAUUCUGACUUCAGCUGUCAAGCUUGGAAAAAGCUGGAGGGAACUAGCUGAAAAGUUAGUACAACUCACAAAGCAACAGAUGGAAGCAUAUGAAAUUCCUCACCGAGGAAAAGCUGGAGAUGUUGCUGCUGAGAUGAUGUGGAAACCUGCCUAUGAUUUUCUCUAUACUUGGGGUGCUCACUAUGGAAACAGCUACAGAGACGUGUUACAAGAUCUUCAAUCAGCUUUGGACAGAAUGAAAAAUCCUGUGACCAAACAGUGGCGAGACUUAACUGGAGCUUUAAUACUAAUACAUUCCUUAGAGUUUUUGAGAGCAACUGCAUUCUCAACUUCUGAUGAAGUAUAAAACUGAAGUAUAAAACUUCCUCUCCCUGGGGAGGAAGGGAGAAUGGUAGGGGGAAAAUGAGUGUGUGUGUGUGUGUGUGUGUGUGUGUGAGAAAAGAAUCUCAGAAAAGUAUUACUUAUAUUUUUCAAGUUUGAAAAAGUAUCUUUUCCCUGGUGAAAGCACAGCCUAACACAAAAUUCAAAGAUAGGUUUUAUAAUCAAAUAUGUAUUUUUAUAUAUGUUUCAAAUGCAAACAUUAAGCUGUUUCGUUGUUGCGAGGAAAAUAAAGCCCUCUGUCACUUUCAAAGUUAUUUUUCAUUUAUUUAAGUUAAAACAAAUGACUGUUAGCAUAAUUACACAGAUACCCAGAUAAACUAGAGGCUCCCAGGGUAAACACUGGAAUUUUACCAGUAGGCAGGUCAAGAGAGAGGAGAAGCAAACACAUACUCUGUGGACAGGCACAGGGCUAUAAGUUUUCUAUAUUUGAUAUCUUUUAUAUCUCAGUGGAGUGUGCUAACAUUCUUCCCAUUUUUUAUCUGAAGAGACUAAGGACUAGAGAGGACACUCAGGGCUAUUUGGCAAUGUGAAGUAAGUUUUCUGUCUGCAAAACCUGGUUUUAUUUAUCUUUCUAAAAACCAUAGUACAUAGCAAAAUAGUAAAAAUUAAAAGUGCAUAUUAAAACUUAUAGGGACAGGGUAGCUACUUCAUUUUAAGGGAAGCUUGCCGUAUUUUUCCAGUCUGUAUCCACGAACUAUAGUUUUCACCAUCUUUUUCCAGCAUUUUGGGACAGAGCUAAUCCUGCCAAACUUGGACUUUUUUUCAGGAUCAUAGUGUGGAGUAGUUCUUAAAAUCUCAGGGAUUUUUUAUCAGUAGUAAUUAGUUUUUAGGAAACUGAUUUAUCACUGUUGAGUGUAGCAGUCUUAACCACCGAAAACACUGAUAUCUCUGUAGGUGAAUGCUCAUGUAAACGUGUGUGUGUGUGUAUGUCUGUAUGUGUGUGUGUGUGUGUGUUUACCAGAGCAUUUCAUAAAGCUUUUGGAAAACAGAGACUACCCAGUAAUUUAGGCCAGUACAAAUGCUAACUGCUGGUAGAGCUCACAAAAAGAUGUUUUGUGCUUACUCAUAUGUUAAAUCCUUUGGCCAUCUGCCAGCGUUGUGUUUUGGACAGUCAUUUAUUUAUUGUCACUUAAUCAAGAGAUAGAAUGUGUGUACCUACUUUGAGGCAGGCACAUAGAUGCUUGGGGUUUACAGUAGAAGAAACAACAUGAUCCCUGACUUCAGUACUGCCAAGUGACAGAGAGAGACAAAGAUUUAAAACAUACAGUUAAAGGUAAAAUUGGAUCUGUAAUAAAAACUGCAAGGGACAGGUUGACAGAUAUAUGGAGAGCCAUCACAGGAAUCCGAAGGAUCAGGCAUGUUUGCUCUUGGAAAGAAAUGAUGAGCCCUAAGGAGGAUCAGGCACUGCUUCUGGUCUGGGAGGGUAGAAGAGGUAGGUCCUCAGGCAGAAGUUGGGGCUUAGGAGGUUCAGGGAGCCAGUAGAACAGGCCUAAAAGGGAGAAAAAAUGAAGGAAGGAAAGACACACCCUCAAUGGUAAUAUGAUGAACUGAAUAAGAAUUUUGUUUGGGGAUCCUGAAUAAAACAUGUCCAUUUGGCUAAAAAGUAAAAGCAGAAUCUUUUUAGAGCUUUUAAUACACCUACCCUGGGGUAUUUGUUAUGCUGGCAAAGGUAAUUUGAAUUAGGUUUAAGAACAAUCUUUAAGGUUUUCAAUAUUUAUAUUUGAUAAUAAGAGAACAUAGCCUGCCCAGGGAGUUAUGCACACAUUCAAGGACAGAAUUUAUUUUAGUUGAAAAUAAAUGCAGAGAGAAGGGGGAAAAACAACAGUGUGUAAGUUCAGGACACAAUCAUUUUUAGUGGUGAUUUUGCUUUCUUUAGAACAUUCUUGGAAUCUUAUUAACAUGUCAGCAAACCAGAGAAUUUCGGGAAGCGAUAGUACAGAAUGAAUAACUGGGUUUUUCCAGGCUCCAAGAUCUGAGAAGACAGAGACCCUGUUAGCUGAUUAGGGGAGUAAGAUUAAACAAAUCACUUCAGGUUUACAGUGCAUCAUGGAUUGUGAUUGUGGCUGGGAAGUUUAAAAAGAGUUUAAAAAAUGAAAAACAUGAGGUCCAACUCUAGGAUGAAGCAAUGGCUUAAAUAUUAAUGUAUACAAAGAUAUCUUACAGUCUUGCAACAAAUCCUUCCCGAAAAAUUUUAAACCCAUGUCCAAACAUUCUGUUCUUAUAAAUAUAUUCUAAUAUUUUUGUAAAUCAUUUCUACUUUUCUGAAUUUUACAUUUUUCUUCGUAUAAUGGAUUUCAUACUCAGGAAAGAUUAACUCAGUAAUCACGAAUUGCCUUUAAUAUUUGGCAGCAAAUCAAGGGAAUUAAUAAGGCACUUAAAUCCCAUCCUUGACAUCAUUAAAAACAUCAAAAGCCAUUAAUCUAAAACUUCUUUAAGCAUUUUGGAAUUGGAAAUAUCAUAGAUAGUUCUUUCAGUACCUCAGGCUUUUUCUCUAAUGAUGCAUUAGGACGAGAUUUUAGUUCAGUGCUUAGCUUGUAGUGUCACAGUUUUUCUAUGGAAGCCACAGAUUCUCCACUUCCUCUGUUAAAGCCUUACUAUGAAGGCCAAUUAAGGAAGUGCAGGCGAGAGCAGAUGAUUAACAGUUCAUACCAGUAAUGGUUACAGCACGCUUUCAUGUCCGGUAAUGUAGGAAAUACCAUAUGAAGUUUUGACCUUGAGGAUGACUCGACUUCUGGAAGGAGCAGCAUUUGCUACAUGAAUGGAUGGCAUUGGUCUAAGAAAUGCCACUGCCAAUGAACAGGUUUGAAUAUGUGACAUGAACAUACAAUAGAAGGAAAAAGGAAAUACUGUAGAGUACAUUCGAAUCAUACUAUGCUAUAAAUAGAAGGUUCAGAACUUGAAUUUUCAUACGAUGCUGCUGUCAAUUAUAUUUUCUGUAAUUUUUCUUAAUGUCUAAGGAAUGUUUGAGACAAUAUAAAGAAAAAAAAUAUUGAAAAAGUAUGUGACUAGAGGUUUUUCUAAUUAAAAUAGAUAUUUUUUUCUU